AUGAGGGCGCCACUGGCUGCAAGGUCCCUCUUCGGCCAGCCGGGCGAGGGCCCGGGGGCCCAGCGCCUCGGCGCCCCCGCGGCCCUGGCGAAGGCGACGGGCGCCAACCUGGAGAUGAAGGCCGCGCUCGACGACGCGACGACGGGCAGAAAGGGCAAGGUCGCGAAGCUGCGCGAAGACCGCGGCACCUUCAGACGCGUCGCCGCCUGGGCCCCGGAUAUGCCAUGCGCGGAGAAGGACGCGGGUGGCGGCGGCAAGACCGACGCGCUGUUCGGCGAGCCCGGCGCUGGCGCCCCGUGCCAGCCCGUCGAAUUUGACUGCGUUUUCGACGGCGGCAAGAUCGACGUUAACACCUCCGAAGACCCCGCGCGCUGGCGCAAGGAGCUGGCCGCGGCCCCCCUGCCUGCGGCGUGCCUUCACUUCAUCGGCAUGAUCGCGGGCCCCAUCGUGAUCGUCAUCGUGGCCAGCGAGGACAGCAGCGUGUUCGAGCCCGGCUACAAUCAUGCUUCCAAGAGCUCAGCCACCAAGGACAUGGGCGGCCCAGGGGUCGUCAGCUACAUCCAGACAUUCGCGCUGGACGCCAAGUGCCUGCACCCCGCGUUCUACACCGACGAGGCGUACGCCGCCGCGGAGCGGGAGCGCAUCUUCGGCACGCAGUGGUUCGCGGCGGCCCACGUCCAGGAGCUGUCGAGCCCCGGGGACGUGAAGCUCGUGUUUGUGCAGAUGCCGAUGGUCUUUCCUCGAAAGACAAACAAGAUCCACGCGCUCUACAACACGUGCCGCCACCGGGGCGCUCGGGUCUGUUCGUCCAGCCAGAAGAAGUGCAAGCAGCUCGUGUGUCCCUAUCACUGGUGGGCGUACCGUCUCGACGGCACGCUGAAGGCAACGCCCCCUGCUCACACCCCAAAAGAGCGCAAGGAGAACCUGGGGCUCCUGCCCGUUCCCGGCGUCGGGGUCUUCGCCGGCGUCGUCUUCCUGAACCAGGCGCCAAACCCUCCCCCGCUUCUGGACACGCUGGGCGACCUGCCAGAGAAGCUGAGCAAUUACGACCUCGGCGACAUGGGCCUCCACCGGGCCAUUGAUUACGACAUCAAGGGCAAUUGGAAGCUCAUCGCCGAGAACUUCGUCGACUUCUACCACAUCUCGAAGGUGGAGGACCACAUGAGCUACCAGGGCAGAGGCCAGUACGUCGGCCUCUGCACGGCGCCCCUGACGGACUGCGGUGGCCCUGGAGACUCGCACCUGUUCAACCACUUCCCCCGCCUGCGGAAGGCGGAGUCCUCCGCGGGCCUCUUCUCGGAGAGCAGAAAGCAACCAUGGCGUGCACUUCCGGAGCUCCGCGCGGAUUCCCUGGAUCGGCGCUGGGCCUGGCGCGCCAGGGGCGGCGCCGGGGGCGCCACCAGGGGGGGGCCCCAGGGCCGAUCGAAGACUGCCGCGGGGAGCUCCGCAAGUGCAUGUGCGUGUGGCUGUUUGUUCUUCGGUGUUCUUUCAGGUGUUUCCCAACAUCAGCUUGGUCAUCUACCCGCACUCCGUCUUCAGCCUGAUCUGCUUCCCUGGCGCGGUGGCCGGAGAGACGAAGGAGCAGCUGACCCUCCUCAUGGCGCCCAACGCCAGGAAGGAGGAGGACACGCCAACCAGUACGCGCAGAAGUGCGAGGACCUCUGGAGGUUUGUCCGCCACGUGAACGAGGAGGACAUCGGGGCCAUCGAGAACCUCCAGCGCGGGCUGGUCCAGGCGGGGCGGGCAGACGUGCUGGGGGAGUUCCUCCCCGAGUUCGACUGGCCCGUCCACCGCUUCCAAAACAUGUCGAGGAAGAAAGCCUCGCGCAAGCAUAUAUGUUCGGAGCCCCGCGCGGAGUGGACCGGCGCUGGGCCCCUCCAGCAGCGGCUCCUCCAGCGCCGCCCCUGGUGCGCUCUGCGCGCCGGGGAGGGAGGUCCGCCACGCUGGCCUCAGACACCCGCGCGGAGCUCCGAAAGUAUAGAUUCAUGCGUCUUUUUCUUCCCCUAGCAUGGUCCUCUCUGGGCUGCGCGGAGACCAGCUGAACGAGCGCAACAUUCCAUGCCAGAGUACAGCAGCACGUUUACCCUCCAGAUGCAGGCCGGCACGGCCUGACGCCGAGGCAGCGCUCGUCAUGGGGCGCGCCUCUCCCUCCCCGCUUUUCGUUCCCAGAUCUUUGCGUGGCCUGCUGAUGUUCGUCAGCAGAUUCGGCUCGAGGCCGCCACAGCGAGACAUCUUUGCUCAUUUAUGUUGAUGCUGUUUUUCUUGUUCCACUAGAGCCUGCCCUGGCACACACAGCGCUAGGGCUGCCCUGAUGCAGUUCUUCCUGGAGACGCGGCCUCGGCGCCGCCGGAGAGACCCCACAGCGCGAGCGCGA